AGCCGUUUCGGCUCCGCGGCCCCGCGGGACCGCGGCCCCGCCCAUGGUCGGCCGAGUCCGCGCGAGCGUCGCCCGGGGGCGGCACACCGCCCGGGAGCAGGCCCCUCUGCGGGAGCAGCUGCUGAGCACCGCCGGGCGCGAGCCCCUGCCGGUCGCCGCGUCGAAGAAGGACUUGUAUGGCUCGAAGACGAUUGGGCUCUAUGGCGGGAUCAUGCUGCUCAUCAACAAUCUGGCCGGGCCCACGGUGUCGCUGAUGCCGUCGCUGACGCAGGAGGCGGGCUGGAUGGCCGCGGUCACGGCGGAAGUCGCCAUUGCGAUGUUGGCCGCUGCGUGCGGCUUCAUGAUCCUGGCCGCUAUGCGCGCCAUCCCUGGCAACAAGGAUUUGGAGCUUCGGGUUGAGUACAUCGACGUCGUGAGGUUCUACAUUCCAGGUGCUUGGGCUGUCCUCGUGACCCUUUCCUACAUCGGGUAUCUGGUCAUGACUUUGAUGGCUUGCAUCAUCCAAACAGCACAGGUCAUUGACUAUGUUUUCACUGACGCGCUGGGGUCUGCAUACGGCCUACAGCUCUGGCCAACGCUGCAAGUGACGUCAGGCGUCUCCACGGGUUCAGAUACUCCCUUCUCCGAUGACGUAUUCGUGUUCUCGUUUUCAUUCAUUGUCGUAGCUGUGGUUUGUGCGCCAUUUGCCCUGAAGAAUCUCGAUGACAAUAUCACAUUGCAGUGGAUUGCAAACAUCGGCUUCUCCGUGAUUGUGGCCGUAUGGCUAUGUUUUUUCACCAGCACGCCAGAGUUCCCUAUGCCAAUUCCCGUAGCGACCAGUUCUCAAUUUGGGUUGGUCAACACUUUGUUCUUCAAUUUUGCAAUGGCUACAUCGGUUCCUUCUUGGGCAAAUGAGAAGUUACCAGAUGUAUCUGCGUCGGUCAGCUUUUCGGCGUCUCUGGGUUUCGUGGUCAUAAUAUAUUCUGCUAUUGGGAUUGUUGGUGCGAUGGCUUUCCACCCUUACUUUCAAACGGACCAAGAUCUCUUCAGCAAGCUGAACGACUCUGGAUCCCUGCCCCUGCAAGCGACUGUCAGCUUAUAUCCUGUGCUUCAGAAUUUUACAUCGAUUCCUGUCUUCUCAAUCAUGAUCAGGUACAACCUGCUAAAGCUGGACCUCUUCGAGAAGCGAACGGCCACCUUGCUGGCCGUUGGGCUGCCCUGGGUGCUCAGCAUAUUUCUCUACACAGGCAGCGGCUUUCAGGAUGUGUCAAACAUCGGCGGCAUUGUCUUCUCGCUCCUGAUCAACAACGUCAUCCCCGUCGUCGUUUACCUCAAGUCCACCUGGAAACGCAGCAUCGCGCUGACGGUGCAGCGGUGCUCGUCCGCGAAGGUGUCGGCAGACGCGGCCUCCCCACCCUCCGCCGAGGUGGGCGCCGGCCUGGUCGUGGCCGUCGCUUUCGCCGAGGAGGGGCGAGCGGCAAGGCGUUCUGGUGAUCCCGCAGGCCUCGCUGCUGGCCGGGCUCAGCGAGGACGGCACGGACAUCCUGUACCAGAGCUGGGCCAACGAGGUCCAGGCCUGCCGAACGUUCGAGGCGUUCGUGGGCGCGCUGAGAGCCGUCGCGCAGGAGCUCCACGCCGAGCACGUCGCCCCGUCCGACAGCGGCUCCGCGGAGCCCUCGGCGCAGAGGUGCGGCGGAGGCCCGGAGCGAGGGGCGGGGCCGCUGGAGGUGCUGCAGGGCACCCUCGUGGCCGCACUGUUCACGGACCUGGCCGUGCCCUCGAGCCCGGGGCCGCAGGCGGCGCCCGCCAGGCAGCCCGUGCUGCCGGAGGUGGCGACGGGCGGCUUCCGCAGCCUCGGCGGCUCCAGUGCGAAGCGGGGGCCCUUGCGAGGCUGCUGCAGUCCCAGACCCCCUCGCGUUGUGCAAAAAUCCCGACGGGAG